AAUUCGAUGCCGUGUAUAACGUCAUUUGGGAAGAUGGCGGACUUCCAGGUGCAAGCGGUCAUUAAGGAUCUACCAUUGAAAGUUCAAACCGGAAAGAAGAAGAUCCGUGAGCAAGUGUUUCACGAUUUGGAUACCAUCACUAAAACAGAUCUUCCCGAUCACGUGAUCAAAGGUAUCUGCAGGGUUCUCCAGUUGACGUUAUUGAGAUACAAUGACAGUAAGUCGCGUCACUUGGUCGAGGCUUACACCAAAACGCUUAUCAAAUACCAAUCGGUCUCUCAUCGUUGCCUUAUCAAAGUCUUACACGACGUUGCCUACCAGUAUAAGAACGUCAACGCAACGAAGUCGACCGCUAGAACGUGUUUGACUGCACUAAAUUGGACUUGCCUCAUAGCCGAAGUUAUCCUUAACGAGAAGAACAAAUCUUCGGAAGAAGACAAGCGGCAACUCGUUGAGAGUCAAUCGUUGCUGUUAACAUCUGUAGUAGGAGCAAGAUGCAACAUAUUAAAUCAGAAAGCAUUAAAGAAGCUUUCUCUGUUAUGGAAGCAGAGCAGCGAGAUUUCCAAAACUUACAGUACCAUUAUUUUGAAACUGGAGCCAUCAUACGCGACCGUAAUCCUUUGGAGUUUUUUCGUCAAGUAUUUAUCAGAAGCAAAAUUUAACGAAAUUUUAGGAAAAUCAAAGAACGAUUUUGUGGAUCAGUUUGUUAAAGUUAUGCUUGGUAGCAAGGUGAAACCACCUCCAUACGUACUAGAAAACUGUCAGCCGAUAUUAAGGCAAGUGACACACGAAAUCUUUCAGCAAACGUUUCUCCCAGCUCUCCAGAAAUCCAUGCUGCGUAAUCCCGAAAUUAUCUUAGAAACUGUCGGCUUUAUUCUGACUGGCGUAUCUCUGGAUUUAAGUCAGUAUGCGGUAGACAUUGGAAAAAGUCUAGGGACUCACUUGUAUUCGAAGGAUGACAUUUGCCGUGAAGAAGCGAUAAUAGCCUGUAAGAAUCUAGCCCAGCAGUGUAGCAGCUCCUCUCCCUUAGAAGAACUUCUAAAACAUUUAUUUGGCAUCUUAAAUGGUUCGGAAGGUAAAUUGACUGUAACUACGCAAAGAAUUGGCAUAUUGAGCGGCAUCGGCAGCCUGAGUUAUCACAUGGUAAACGGUAGUUUGUCCGUACAGGCUCUUAGCGAAACGGUGUCAGAAAACUUUAUUCUCAUAUUAAAACAAGAAGUACACGAAGGAACAUUGGUUCACACGUUAAAAAUGCUGUCUUUGUGGUGCGCUAAAUUUACGGUUAGAAUACCUGACGGGCUUACAGCUUGGUUUAAGACUGGUAUCAGCUUGAAAACAUCAACAUCACCUGUUAGAAAUGCAUACAUUCAAUGCAUGAUUGCAGCAUUUCAUGGUAACACAUUGCUACAAGCCAUGGAAUUUGUCUCUCUGCUCAUAAAAACGGUAGAAAAAGCAAUCGCGCAUCCAUCUCAAUUAUCUCUAGUCAUAGAAGGUUUGAGUAGCGCUUGUCUCCUGUUGCGUUUAUGGAGCGCCGACGUCGAGGCCGAGAAUAAAUUAAAAAAUGUGAUAAACAUGUUAGUCGAUAUUGAAAAGCAUCAAUUUUUAUCCGAAAAGUUUUUGAUGUCUGCAAGCGACGAAGCUUUAUCGUAUGUCCUGAUGAUGAUCGAACGAUUGGUUCUGGAUCAUCCCGAAUUUCCAAUCACUAAAAGGCCGUUUAAGAGAGCGAUAAUAUAUAUUCUAACUCGUCCGUCUCUGAAACUGCGGAGAGAGGCUCAGGUCACGACUCGCAAAUUGAUCUCUUCACUAGGAGGGGCUAAACUGGCCUGUUUACUAUUACAAGAGUUCAGUGCUUAUGCAGAGAAUCUCAGAAUACAGAACUCUGAUUCGGAUAAAGAAAACAAGGAGUCGGACAACGCUACGGAAAACGUUCCACUUGUAACUUCUCACGUGUUAUUAGAAUGUUUAGUAACGCUUUGUUCGAUAUCAAAUUUGGACCCGUUAGACGCCCAUCAGUUAGGAAUAGCGACUUUACUACCUUCUCAUCUACCUGCGCUCGGAAAUGUGCAAUCUAACAAGAGCAUAUGGUUAAAAUUACUGAGAAAACUCAAAAGAGAGCCUACCAUAUUUCUGAGAACAGAAAAGGAGAAGAUUACUUCAUUAGUAAUUAAAAGUAGUCCAUUUACUGUGCCAAUGGAAAAUGCCGUGACUACGCUGGUUAAUGUCGCUCCCGGAGAUUAUGUUCCUAUCGUCGUAAGAGAAGUCACGCAUCUAUUGGGUAAUCCGGCUCUCGUUCAACUAACCAAAGAAGAGUAUAAUAUAUUUUUAACUCCGGAUGGUCAACUGUAUGACAAUAGUGUCAUUGAAAAUUUGAAAGACACAAUUAACAUCGACAAAAAUAUUAAGAGAGAGAGCAAAUUAUAUUCCUACAAAGAACAAUUGGAAGAACUUGAACUUAGGAAGGAACUAGAAGAGAAGAAGAGGGCGAAAGGUUUGUUGAAAGAACCCGAACUUACUAAAAAACAACUAGAAGCUAAAAAGAUCCAGCUCGAGAAAGAAUCGAUCAUUCGUUCGAGGAUAAAAGAGUUAGAUAAUCAACUGAAGCAUGCCAUAAGUUUACUCCAUGCUGCUAUCGAAGGGAAAGCAUUGGCUUUGGCAGUGCACGUGACUAGUCUGGUUGAACUUCUUAUCUCGGUCAUGCCGUCACCACUCUGCGCUCCUUUAGUCACAAAAGUCUUUUUAGAACUCAGAAAAUGUGCAAUUAAUGAAGAACUAGAAGAUUGGAGUUUGCCGUUGGCUUACAUUAUACUGCGCGUAAUUAAACCCGCCUGCCCAAUUGAUACCGAAUGGGAAGAGAUCGAUUUGGAAGUCGCGGUUACGAAAAUAAUUAAUUUUCUGCAUUCUUUGACAUGUCAACCCUCUGAUUCUGAAUACGAUGAACAUCUCUCAAAUAUUCGUUUUCAAAGAUUAUCUGCACUCGCUUUUGCAUAUUACUUUCCUCUGUUGCGCUGGAUUCUUAACAGUUCUGAUCUUCCAGAAGAAGUAAUAAUUAAGACGCUCAAUAUCAUUAGCGAACAUGGAAAAAUGAGAGAUCACGGUUCUGCCGAUAAAAAUCAAGUCGUUCAACAAAGCCCUAUUUAUCUACCUCGUAAACAAAUGUUGGAAGUUCUGAUGCAAGUAAUAGCGAAUACAUCGGGUUACGUACAGCAAUUUGCUUGUAAAGCAGUUUUGGACGUGGCUGGCUCGGGAAGUGGUCUGAAUGGUUGCGCAAAAGCAUCGAUUUCAGAAAUUCAAAUUCUACUAAAUGCUCUCUUGUCAAUGAACGAAUUGGUCCGGAAAACUGCGCUCAAGGCUCUCGCGGUGCUUCAACGAGUUUAUCCGUCUUUGGAAUUCGAAAAAGAAAAUGCCGUAAUUCUCAUUCAGCGGAUAUGGGUUGCACGAUUCGAUCCUAACGAAGAAAAUAGCGAAUUAGCAAAUAGUUUAUGGGAAGAAGUAAAUUUCCAUCCUAUUCCUGAACUGACACUUAAUCUUCUUAAUGAUGUCAUUCAUCCAGAAACAGAAAUACAAUCUUCAGCAGCAGAAGCCUUGGCUGAAGCUCUAAAAGAGUAUAAAGAUUCGGUGCAACCAACACUUGAUCAAUUGCUUAUAAUUUAUAAAGAACACUUAAUACAAUCGCCUCCAAAAUUAGAUAGUUUCGGACGAGUUAUUUCGGAAUCUCCUCCCGAUAACUGGGUACCUCGCGUCGGAAUUGCCAUGGCUCUAAACAAAAUGGCUCCUCUUUUAGACUCCGACAUGGUGUCGAGCUUGGUGGCCUUUUUCGUUUCCGACAGUCUUGGCGAUCGGCAUCCGACAGUGCGGAAACAUAUGCUGGAUGCUUCAGUUGCCAUCGUGGAAUAUCACGGCAAGGAAACGAUCAAUAUUCUCCUACCGAUGUUUGAAGACUUUCUAGACAAAGCACCUGACUCUUCUAAUUUCGAUGCAGUGAAACAAGGAAUUGUGAUUUUGAUGGGAACUCUCGCUCAUCAUUUAGAUAAGAGUGAUCCGAAAGUUAAACCAAUUGUGGCAAAAUUGAUUGAGGCUCUCUCAACGCCGUCUCAACAGGUUCAAGAAGCUGUGGCCAACUGUUUGCCGCCGUUGGUUCCCGCUAUUAAAGAUGGAGCUCCUCCACUCGUAACCAAAUUACUACAUCUUCUUUUAGAUUCAGAGAAUUAUGGAGAAAGGAAAGGUGCUGCCUAUGGUUUAGCUGGUUUAGUAAAAGGUUUAGGAAUCAUGUCACUGAAACAAUUAGAUAUUAUGAAAACACUUACAAAUGCUAUUCAAGAUAAAAAGAAUUACAGGCAUAGAGAAGGUGCACUGUUUGCAUUUGAAAUGUUAUGUAACAUGCUGGGCCGACUUUUCGAGCCUUACAUCGUGCACGUUUUGCCGCAUCUCCUGCUGUGUUUUGGUGACGGUAACCAGUAUGUCAGAGAGGCUACCGACGAUACCGCUAAAGCAGUAAUGAGUCGACUGAGUGCGCAUGGAGUAAAACUGGUACUUCCUUCUCUCUUAGCUGCACUUGAAGAAGAUUCGUGGAGAACAAAAGCAGGAUCUGUAGAAUUGUUAGGGGCCAUGGCUUUCUGUGCACCAAAACAGUUAUCGUCUUGUUUGCCAAGUAUAGUUCCUAAGUUGAUUGAAGUGCUGUCAGACUCCCACAUGAAAGUUCAGAAAGCUGGUGCUCAGGCUCUCCGUCAGAUUGGAUCCGUGAUUAGAAAUCCCGAAAUUCAAGCUAUUGUGCCUGUAUUGUUGGAUGCAUUACAAGAUCCAUCAAAGAAAACGUCACCCUGUCUAGCUACUCUUCUAGAUACAAAAUUCGUUCAUUUUAUUGAUGCACCGUCGUUGGCUUUAAUCAUGCCAGUCGUACAGAGGGCAUUUCAAGAUAGGUCAACGGAAACCCGUAAGAUGGCAGCUCAGAUUAUCGGAAACAUGUAUUCGUUAACUGAUCAAAAAGAUUUGUCGCCGUAUUUACCGACCAUCAUUCCUGGUCUCAAGCAAUCGUUAUUGGAUCCAGUUCCAGAGGUAAGAAGUGUCUCUGCUCGAGCACUGGGUGCAAUGAUUAAAGGAAUGGGAGAAAACAGCUUCGAAGAUCUACUCCCGUGGUUAAUGCAGACGCUUACUUCUGAAGCAAGUUCCGUCGAUCGAUCUGGUGCCGCUCAAGGUCUAAGUGAAGUAAUGGGUGGACUUGGCGUGGAAAAACUGAACAAACUUAUGCCAGAAAUAAUUUCUACAGCUGAAAGAUCUGAUAUUGCUCCUCACGUUAAGGAUGGUUACAUCAUGAUGUUUAUUUAUUUACCUAUGGUGUUCAAUAAGGAAUUUAUGCCUUACAUUGGACAUAUAAUUACUCCAAUAUUGAAGGCUUUAGCCGACGAAAACGAAUUCGUCAGAGACACGGCUCUAAAAGCUGGUCAGAGGAUCGUAAAUAUGUAUGCCGAUACGGCUAUAACUCUGCUGCUUCCCGAAUUAGAAAAGGGGCUGUUUCACGAUAACUGGCGUAUCCGUCAUAGUUCAGUUCAGCUUCUUGGCGAUUUGUUAUAUAAAAUAUCUGGUGUUUCUGGUAAAAUGUCAACUGAAACUGCAGAUGAAGAUGAUAAUUUUGGAACAGAACAAUCGCAUAAGGCUAUACUGUAUGCUCUUGGUGAAGAACGUAGGAAUCGCGUACUAGCCGGAUUGUAUAUGGGCAGGUCAGACGUUGCACUCAUGGUAAGACAAGCAGCACUGCACGUAUGGAAGGUGGUAGUAACAAACACACCUCGCACACUAAGAGAAUUACUUCCUACACUUUUCAAUCUUCUACUUGGAUGUUUAGCAAGUAAUAGCUAUGACAAAAGACAGGUUGCCGCAAGGACAUUAGGCGACUUGGUUCGUAAAUUAGGUGAACGUGUUCUACCAGAAAUCAUUCCUAUACUGGAAAGAGGUCUUGAUUCGGAUAGAGCCGAUCAGAGACAGGGAGUUUGUAUUGGUUUGAGUGAAAUAAUGGCAUCGACAAGCAGAGAGAUGGUGUUAACUUUUGUCGACAGUCUUGUUCCAACUGUCAGGAGAGCGUUAUGCGAUCCUCUACCAGAAGUUAGACAGGCAGCAGCUAAGACUUUCGACAGUCUGCAUUCUACAGUUGGUGUCCGAGCCCUUGAUGACAUCCUUCCUUCACUCUUGCAACAAUUGAAUGAUCCACUCUUAUCUGACCAUACACUGGAUGGUUUGAGGCAAGUUAUGGCUAUUAAAAGCAAAGUUGUAAUGCCUUAUCUCAUACCUCAGUUAACUGCUCCUCCUAUCAAUACAAAAGCGCUAUCGUUUCUGUCUUCUGUUGCCGGAGACGCUCUUACUAAACAUCUGGGAAAAAUUCUACCAGCUCUUUUGUCGGCACUUAGUGCAGCAUUAGAUACACCCAAUGAACAAUUGGAACUAGAAUAUUGUCAAGCAGUUGUUUUGUCUGUUACCGACGAAUUAGGAGUCAGAACAAUUAUAGAUCACUUGUUAGAAGCAGCUCGUAGCGAAUCUGUAGCACAGAGGCGAGCAGCAGUUGCCUUACUUUAUACCUAUUGUUAUCAGUCAAAAGCCGACAUUAGCGCGCACGUCCCGCAAUUACUGAGGGGCUUGAUUCAUCUGUUUACAGAUUCAGACCAACACGUUUUGCUUUCAAGUUGGGAAGCACUGAAUGCAGUUACUAAGACUCUCGAUGCCACUGAGCAAUUACAACAUGUAGCCGAUGUUCGGCUAGCGGUAAGAUUUGCCAUGGGUGAUUUAAAAGGACAGCCACUUCUACCUGGAUUUUGUCUUUCUAAGGGAAUAACACCGAUUCUUCCAAUAUUCCGAGAAGCCAUACUUAAUGGAUCGCCUGACCUCAAAGAACAGGCAGCUCAGGGAUUGGGAGAAGUCAUUAGGUUAACAAGUAGUGAAGCAUUGAAACCGUCUGUUGUACAUAUUACUGGUCCAUUAAUUCGCAUACUCGGCGACAGAUUCAGUUGGAAUGUCAAAGUUGCCGUCUUGGAAACUUUGGCUUUAUUGUUAGAAAAAGUAGGAGUAAUGCUGAAACCUUUUCUGCCUCAACUACAAACUACUUUCCUAAAGGCGUUAAGUGACGGGCAUCGGUUAGUUCGGCUAAGAGCUGCAAAUGCACUAAGCCAUUUAAUAGUUAUUCAUACAAGGUGCGAUCCUUUAUUUAAUGAAUUACAUACCAGUGCCAAAUCUACUGAAGAUACAUCUGUUAGGGAAACGAUGCUGCAUGCAUUACGCUGCGUAAUUGGUCAAGCUGGUAACAAAAUGUCACCCGCCAUAAGGUCAAAUAUAACAAUGUUAGUGUCAAACUAUCUCAAAAGCGAUGACACUACAAGAACUGUAGCUGCGGCAUGUCUUGGCACUUUAUGCAUGUGGUUACCAGAAGAUGAAUUAGCAGCUGUUGCAAGAGAAUAUUUAUUAGACGACGAUCCUACACUAGAAUGGACUGUAAGGCAUGGAAGGAGCGUGGCGUUAAUGAUCGCACUGAAGGAGGCACCAGAAAAGAUUCUCACCGCCGACUGGUUGGACAGGAUAACCAAGACGUUAAUAGCUUAUAUUACGGCAGACAGGUUACCAAUUGUGCUAAGUGGAAUUCGAGGAACGGGUUAUUACUUCUGUCACAUGCUAAAUUCUGGUCAGAAUGUUUCCCAACCUUUAACUUUUUCAUUUUCGAAGAGCAUGAACCACAACACCAAUGAAGUGAAGCAGAUUGUAGCACUAACAGCCAAUUAUGUUGCCAAAGUCAUAAAUAAACCUCUCCCUCCAUCGGUAAUGAAGGUAUUGGUACCAAAUUUGGUUAAUGGAACAAAAGAAAAGAAUACUAUCGUCAAGGCAAAUAGCGAGUUUGCUCUAGUAGCAAUUUUGAGACUGAGGAAAGGAGACGAAACUCAUCAGAUGUGUCUGAACAACUUGGACGCCGGAGCAAGGGACGCCCUACAAGACGUAGUCAACAAAGUGCUGAAAAAAGUCGCAAGUCAACCAGAACCAAAGGAGGAAGAACUGGACGACACGCUAUUAACUUGACAUUAUUCAAAUAAAACUAUACUUUUGACUAGAGAAUUAUCUGUAAAUGAUUUUGAAAGUUAUUACAUAUAAUUUUAUUUGAAAUAAAAUAUUUGCGGUUAGGAAUAGUUGCAUUUUGGAGAAUCGGCGGAUGCGGCGGUUCCGUAACCCGGUCGGUCUGCCAACUGAGCGUUAAAGUAUCAACCCGUUACUGCAAAGAAUCUAGUUUAAAUCCAGGAACGGUCAGAUCUAAUUCGUAAUUAGUAAUAAGGCUCUGAUUAUCUUCCCUAUUAAACAAAUGUAAUGGCAUUUGUCACUGAUUUUUUCAAUCGUCACUAAGAGAGCCUUUUUAACCAUAUCUGUCAUGGGAUUUGGC